CUCUGCAGAGUCCGUCUGGAGAGGGGUGGGAAAGAAUAGCAGGUCAAGAGUGUGUGUGUGUGUGGGGAAUACCUCAGCAUCCAGCUCUAAAUCCUCCAUCUUUCGGGGUGCGGGAAUAAUCCGUCCACAUGGAGGACCUCAAAGCGUUUACUGCGGAGGCACUGGAAGAUUUUGCCCAGUUUAUGCCCGGCACCCACCAGUCUUCUUUGGGGGGCUCCAGGUUCUCCAUUGGCAACUGCUUGCCUCCCAACUCCAUGCUGGGUUGCUACCCAGGGACAUUCCCAGGCCCAGCAGAGCUGCCCGCCUACCCGCAGGAGAACUUCAGGAACGGGGUGGCCCACGCAGACUGGUACGCCUCUGGCACCGCGGAUGGACCCUACCCUUCAUUCCCCAGGUAUGUGGGGACAUCGGGGUUCAGUGUAGCCGGAGCAGACUGCCUGGGCUACAUUGGCGAGGUGAUCAAGCCGCCCUCGUUCUUCACCGGGAACCCAUCCAAAAGGAAGCGCCGGGUGCUGUUCACCCGGGCCCAGGUUCAUGAGCUGGAGAAGAGGUUUGAACUGCAGAGGUACCUGACCGCCCCAGAGCGUGAGCACUUAGCCACCAUCACCCACCUCACCCCGAAUCAGGUGAAGAUCUGGUUCCAGAACCACCGGUACAAGAUGAAGAAGCAAGGCAAGCAACAGGACCCCAAGGCCGACCUAGGGCAGGAAGCACACCGAACCUGCGACAGCGGUGUGGUUCCACCACACCCAGGGGGCUACCCUUUUGCCGGGUCUCUGAUGGAGGAGAAGUCCUUGGUAGGGUCUCCUUAUCCCUUCCCUGGACUCGCACCCAGCAGCCAGAGAUUAUCUGCCAGCCCCAGUUCCAGCGCCGACUCUCAGCCUGGCACAAAGGCUGCAGAAAGCAGGCUGGCGUUCGGCAAACCAUGGUAGCUGACGGAAGGGGACCAAGAUUGGACCAUUUGAUGGCACGAGAGGCCGUGCUGUGCACCCGACAGCCCACGCAAGGGGCUUGCCUUGUCGUGUUGCACAGGUAGCACCCAGUGGACGGGGGCAUCAGAUGUGACUUGUGUGCCGUCAGGCUGGCCGCUCUGAAACCAGCUGAGAUUUGCUUUUGUGCUACAGUACCAGGUCAGGGCUAGAUAUGGCAAGACUGGAGCCAGGGCAAAACCUGGUCAGGAGCUAGCCAGCAGUAAAUCACACUGUGCAAGUUGGAUUGGACUCUGUAUUGACAAAAUCCGGGAUCUGCACAGGCCUAAUGGGCAAAGCAACUUAUCUCUGGCAGCUCUUGCCCCCAUAAAGCAGUUGCCGAGACUGAAAAUCCCCGCCUCCCCACAGCUGCCUAAGUUCCCUCCUCUCCAGGGUCUACCCGAAGCAAUCAGAGACUGCGCCUGUGUGAAGCAAACUUCUCCUCUGCCCCUUUCAUGCCUCCCUUGGUUCUGGGAGAAGGUUCUGGGGUAGAGGAGCUUGUCAGGUUUCUUCACCAGCCUAACUCAUCUCUGCUUCUUGCCCCUCCCUCCUCUCCAGCCUCCGCUUUUGGCUCUGAUUCCGGACUGCUCUCUGCCACAGCCUCUUCCGCACUCACUAAGCCCUGUUGCCCCUUCAGCUUCCAACAUCUCCUCUACCCAGUUUUCUCCCUCGGACCACUCAUCCUUGCCCCACCACCAAUCCCUGGGCUGUGAACCUACUUCCCUCGUGGGUUCCCCAGCUGGUUCCUCCCGCCACUUCUUCAUCCAGCCAGUCCAUGACCUCUGGUUAGAGAAAGAACUUGGGUUGAAUCAGACGGGUUGUAGGUGGAGUGGCUAAAUCUGGAGCAGCGGCACGCCUGGGGUCCCUUUGGGGCUGAUAGGGCGGAAGGCGGGGAGGCAAACAGGAGGUGGCGCCAGAGCGAAGGUUGUGCUGAGCCAACAGAUUCUAGUUUUGUGUCCAUCCUCCUCCCUGCCAAGUUACACCAGGGCAACACUGAGACAGAGCAGGAAGCUGAUGGCCUGAAUUGGUUGUAAGUGAAAGGCAGGCUGAGGUUGGUAAGGCCAAGCCCCAUUCACCGGAACGCAGGGGUGAGGAACCUUUUCCAUCUGGCAGGCCAGAUCUUUGAUAGGGCCAACUUUGAUAGGUGGGAAGAACCACUCCUCUGUCAAUUAUCCGAUACCCUAAUGGUGGAAGUCGAUUGACAGGUGAGCAGCCAAGUCUCCACCUGCCCCACACCUGGCAUCACCUAUAAUAAUAUGGGGCAAGUGAGAGUGCUCCGGGGAAGACAACCUGGUGGGCCAGAUUUGGGCCCGCAGGCUGAGGGUUCCUUGCUCCUGCCCUAAUGGACCAACCAUCACUCAGGUGCUUAUUGGCUUUUUAGACAGAAGAGACCAGACUAAAACAUAAUGAGAAAUCAUGGUAGGAAGACGAGGAGGAGCCAAGCUGCCGACAGGCUUAAACCAGCAAGUCUCAAACCAUUUUAAAUCCCGCAAAAAAGAAGGAAAUAAAGAAAAAGGUUUGCUGCUUGGACCAGACACAUACUUCAGCUGCAACUUUUCAGAUCAGCCAGCACUUCUGAUUGAUCGGUGCUCCAGGAUCGAUCGCUGUAGCUUUCUUGGGAAAAGGGAAAGAUCCAUCAAAUGACUUUUGCUGAUUUCUCUGCAGGCUCCCUUCUUAUUGCUUUGUCGAAAGCAAAUCAGCACAGAUUACGGCAAGAGUAAGCAGGGG